ACAAAAGGGGGAUUAAAGAUAGUCUCUGUGUGUGUGGGUUGGAGACUGAGAGAGAGAGAGAGAUUUCAAUUUGAAUAUUGAAGAAUGGAGGGAAAGCAAGCCGGAUCGUCUCUAGAUUCGUUGAUAUCUUCUUUCAACAAACGAGUCUCCGAGUUGCAGGAACUCGUCAUCGCCCGGAACAUGUAUCCGGCGAGCAGCGUCCCAGAUUUAACGGCGAUCGACGCGGCGUUGAGCUCGAUGGAGCUUCAGGUACAGUCGAUCAAGGAUCGGCUGCGUGAAGAGACCGAAGCUAUUCCAAAAGCUAAGAAACUAAUUGAGGCAUCGCUGAAACAACAAGAGAAGCUGCAGAAGAUGUGUGUUUAUGCACCGUCUCACUUUCCUGAUAAGACUACGAUGUUGAAUUCAGAUAUUAACAGAUGUUUGCUUCAAGAAAAUGUCAAGAAGCACGAACAGAGUUCUGCUCUUAGGUCCUUGCAAUCUGAGGAGGAAGUAUCUGUUUUACCCAAGGAGAAGAAAGGUCGUGGGUCUUCUCCUCCGCUUUGGUACAUAACUGUUGAGGAACUCAAUUCCCUCUCAUCAUACAUGAGAGGAAGGCUCACCCUAGAGAAAGUGAAUGCGGCUGUCAAUGACAUGGCUUCAUACGCUGAAGCAAAUGCUAAUCUUGUUUCAGCUCCAAAACAAAAGCUUGCGGAAAACCUCUGGGAGAAAGCACUGAAACUGCGAGACAUUGUAACAACGGGUGCAGUGAAGGGAAAACAUUUCUUUCUUGAAACUGACAUGAAGGGGCCAACGUUGAAGCUAGACAACACAGGCAAAGCAAUACUUACUGUUCUUAGACACCUUGGUCGUGUUAGUGAGACUCGCAUCGGUCCGAACCGCGUCAUCAUUCUUAUGAAGCCUAAUUAGAGGAAACCAACUUUUUCUCAAGUUUAUAUUGCUUAUCGGAAUCCUCUUGUAGAAGGUCUGCUUAUUCGUUGAACGCAUUAAGCCUUAUAAUCUUUUAGACUGUUCUGCUCACUAGGCCCAUCAGAACCAACUAAUUUUGUUGUGAAAUAUGGACAAUGUCGGGAAAACUGCUAUUUUAUUGCGAGAUAUGUUCAAUCCA